AUGGCUUUCCAGUAUUUCGGCCAGGCUCAAGCCAAGUUCACCAUUCCGCUUCUCUCGGGGGACAAUGCUUUCCUCGGCGAUGUCUUUUCCAGUGAUGAGAAGAACCCAGAGAAGCCGAUCUCUUCCGGUUUGUUUCGCCUAAACAAGGGCGAAGCCCUUGUCUAUGAAUACACAUACGAUGAAAUGAAGAUUAUUCUUGAGGGAAACUACACCAUUUCAGACGAGACUGGACAGAAGGUGGAGGCGAAGCCGGGAGACGUCUUUUUUUUCCCCAAGGGAGUAACGAUCACUUUCACCACAACGGACUACGGGCUCGCAUUCUACUGUGGCCAGAGGAAGAAGAUGUGA